UUAAUUGCUUGAUUGUGUUCUUCAGAAGGAAGUGAAAACAUACAAAUGUUCUCUUGCUGUAGUUUUAAUUAAGUCUGUGGAUUUUCUUUAUUCUGCAAGUUAUCCUGCUAUCUUUCUUGCUCGUCAUUAACAUGUUUUGGCAGAAAGAUUGAAUCAAUCUGAAGCUUCACAUGUAAUGUUUUUGAACCUCUCCCAUACAUUCUCUUGGCUCCUGGAAUUCCACAUCAUCCAGGAAAAACUCAGUCAUAGUUAGACUUAAUUCAGAAGACAACAAAGCCCCAAAAGGGACUUCCAAGCUCAGCUGCCACAUGAUUGACACAAACAUUCAAGCUGAUGCCAAAUGUUCUUUUCAAUGCCACUUGUCCUGCUCUGAUUGGUCCAAGCCAAAAAACUCAAGGAAGGAUGUAUAUCCAGAAUCUGAGGCUUUGGAUGAGCUUUAGAAUUUUGUGGUGUGGCUUCAUGCAGUAAUCUUAUAUGAAUACUUCCACUCCAAAACAAUGCUCAUUAUCUUUUUCCAUUCACGGCCACAGAAAUGGAUGCAUCAUGCUUCCUCACCUCCAAAUCCUUCACUAAUGGCAGAGCUUUGGUCCCUUCUUUCAAGGCCGGAUAUGCUUCUUUGUGUCGGAAGAGAUGCUACCGUCAUUAUUCACAGUUAGUAUCUUGCAAAAUCCAACCUUCAUCACAAGAUGAUAACUAUGAACCAUCAUCCGUUGAGCCUGAUUGGCGAUCCUUCCGAGCAAGGCUAGUUGCCGGAGAACAAGCAUCAAGAAUAGCAAUGCCGCCAACAAGUACACCCGCUCUUGAUGCUAAUGAAGAUCAAAACUCUACACCUUUCAGCAUUGGAGAUAAAUGGGCACACCCGCUACAUGAACCGGAAAAAGGCUGCCUACUAAUUGCCACCGAAAAACUCAACGGAGUCCACAUAUUCGAACGCACUGUCAUACUACUACUCUCCACAGGACCAAUAGGACCGUCCGGGAUCAUACUAAACCGGCCAUCGCUUAUGUCUAUCAAGGAAACACACUCUAGAGACCGAGACAUCGCAGGGACAUUUUCCGACCGGCCAUUGUUCUUCGGAGGGCCAUUAGAGGAGAGUCUAUUCUUAGUAGGACCUCAAGUGAAGGAAGAAGGUGUAGAAAAGAGUGGUGUGUUUAUGGAAGUGAUGAAAGGGUUGUAUUAUGGUACAAAAGAGAGUGUAGGUUGUGCUGCAGAGAUGGUGAAGAGAAAUGCAGUUAAAGUUAAUGAUUUCAAGUUCUUUGAUGGAUAUUGUGGUUGGGCAAAGGAACAAUUGAGAGAAGAGAUAAGAGCAGGGUAUUGGACUGUUGUUGCAUGUAGUCCUAGUGUUUUUGAGCUUAGUAGUGUUGGUCUUUGGGAGCAAAUUCUUAGCCUUGUUGGACAGAGGAAGGUGUGGUAGAUUUUUAAGAACGUUAUCCAUAUUUUCUGGGUAUAAUGAGUGUAGUGUAUAUGAUACUAUUUUGUGUUAACAUUAGAUGUAUCAUGUAUGGUUGAUGUGUGUUUGUACAGUUUGUAUUUCAUAUUUUCAAAGGUACUUAUUUUAUUGUUU